AUUCAAAUCCUUACUAGUCCUAUAAAAAGCGGAACUCGGAGCUAGAUAGAAAGAAAGAGACAGAUAGAGAGGGAGGGAGAGAGAGAGCGAGAGAGAGAGAGAGGGAAAGCGCGGAGAUCGACACGGCUGUAUCUGUGGGGAUGGAGAUGCUGCACGGAUCCGCAGGUGUCCAAACGGCGCUGAAAAACGCCGCUGUGUGCGUCAUGCUGCUGCCGCGCUUCCUGCUCGCCGCCGUGAUGCUGUGGCUCCUGGAUUUCCUGUGCAUCCGGAGGAAGGUGCUCACGAAGAUGCGCGAGAGCGACCUGAGCCCCGACGACCCUCCGCUCUGCGUGUCAGACUCCAACAAGAUGUUCACGCUCGAGUCGCUGCGCGCGGUGUGGUACGGACACAAGCUGGACUUCUUCAAGACGGCGCGUCUGGGCGGCGCGGCGCCCAACACCGAGGUGGUCCCGCUGGACAGCGCGUCGCGGAGAGGCGCGCAGCGGAUCCUGGACUACGCCCGCGGGAGGAGACCCCUGAUCCUCAACUUCGGGAGCUGCUCCUGACCGCCGUUCAUGACGCGCCUCGCGGCGUUCCAGCGCGUCGCGCGGCAGUACGCGGACAUCGCGGACUCGCUGCUGGUGUACAUCGAGGAAGCGCAUCCUUCAGACGGCUGGGUGAGUUCCGACGCGCCGUACCAGAUCCCCCGGCACCGCUGCCUGGAGGACAGACUCCGCGCCGCGCAGCUCAUGAACCGCGAGGCACCGGGGAGCGCCGUGGUCGUGGACACCAUGGAGAACUCCUCGAACUCGGCGUACGGCGCUUAUUUCGAGCGCCUCUACAUACUGAAGGACGACAAGGUCGUGUAUCAAGGCGGCAGGGGACCGGAAGGCUACCGGGUGUCGGAGCUCAGAGACUGGCUCGAGCGCUACCGGAGCGAUCUGGAAGCUUCUAACGCGGAGACCGUGGUGCACGUUUAAGACGGAUGUUUUCUCUCCCUGCUGAAAACGAAAAAACACAUAUAGACACCAUCAUACAUGUGUAAGGGUUGAACUGGUGAUGUUAGCACGCGCGCGUCUGCGAGAUGAUAACGCAUCUGCUGACGUCUUAAUUAUAAAGAGAUCUUAAAGCAGAUGAGCAGACCGUCUGUAGAUGCACGUGUGCUGGCGGGAGAUUACCGGCUUGUGCUGGUUUGAAUGGAAACAGUCAUGGACCCUGUGGGUUUCUACUGGGAAUCGGUCACCUUUUAUUGGUGGCUUGUUAAAACCAUUCAGUCGUCAUGGAAUGUGUCCCACAUCCUUCUGAAUUGGUUUAAUAGCUGGUGGUUUGCUGUUGAAACCAUCUGAAUGUCUGUGAUGGUUUCUAUUGUUGUUGUUUUCAGCAGGGUCUUGUCUUUAUCAAGCCGUUGGCUGCAUUUCAAUCCGGACACUUUUAGAAAUACAGGUGCUUGACGCGAGACACUGCAGGGGAAUAGGAUAGAAAUAUAUAGAAUUAACUAAUGCACUCUCAGGAAAAAAGAUACAAAAGUUGUCACUGGGCACACCUUUGUGUCUAAAGGUUAGAGGUUCACAUUAGUAGCUAAAGUGUAUAUCUUAGUACUUAAAAGGUACAAAAUCAUACCUUUUAAAAGGUUCCGCAUCAGGGAAAAUUUUUGUACCUUUUUUUCCUGAGUGUAGUCAUCGCCUUCCCUUACAGUUGAUUACAUUGAUAAUUGCAAUGUUUUCUAAAAUAAGCAACUGAGGCAUUGUUUUCUUUCCACUAGUUUGAAAAAAAAAAAACACUUUAUGAAAAAACUAAAUUUCAAACUUGACAGGUGCAUGAAAAAUAAAACCCCGUGUUUGCCUGCAGUGUCUCUCCGCUUCAAAAGAAAGGUUUUUAUUGGCAUCGAUGGAUCCACAAAGAACCUUUACCAUUCAUAGAACCUUCUCAUUCCACAUUCUUUACAGUAGCUCUCUAGUUUAUUAAAAAAUGUUCUUCACACAAUGAGAAAAAAAAGGUUCUUUUGGGAACUGUUCACUGAAGGGUUCUUCUAUGACAUCACUGUGAAAAUCCUUCUUUGAAAGCUUUAUUUUUUAGAGAGAGAGUGAAAGGUUCUUCACAGCGAUGCCAUCGAACAACCAUUAUCGGUUCCACAAACAACCAUCUGUUUCUUUCCUUCUUAUCGUCUGAGGAACCUUUAAAGAAGCUUUUGUGAAACAUAAAGGUUCUUCAGAUGUUUAAGGUUCUCUACAGAAACCAUUUAGACAAAAAAAAAGGUUGUUCUCUGACAUCACGAAGCACCUUUGUUUCUAAGAGUGUAGCGGCUCGAUGUCUGCGAAAAGUUCCAUUAUAGAUCGUCUCGGUCUACACACUUUCUCAGCUGCAUUGAGAUGUUCUCAAGAAGGUCUUGACGGAGCGUGCAUUGAGCCAGGGGUCUUUAUUUUAAGCCAGGGGUCCAUGCACGGUAAAAGCAUUCUCUCAGGUAACCUAGAAAUGAAACAUGACAUUAGGUUACACCAAUGAAAGCAUUUUUAAGAGUUUUUUUUUUUAAGUGUGUGGACCCCUGCGGGCCUAUGAAGGUACUCCAGGAGGAGAAAAGAGAUUAUACAUGAGCGCUGGUGGAUGGAUGCUUUCUCAGCUCGAUCUCGUGUCUUUAUAUUAAAGUCAUUAGCUGUGUUCAAAACUCAGUGACUGUCUGUGCACUUCUCACACUGAACGUUUCUGUAGAUCACCUUAGAAAUGCUGUAGAUGGCUCUUAAAACAACAACAACAAGAUCCUGGGUGAGAAGAAAUGCUGCUUAAACCAUUUGAAAAAAAAAAACAGACUAAUGAUGUGCUUAGAACUAGAAUUUUAAAUAAAGUGCUGUCAUAGAAAAAUAGCUUCCUAGUUCUGAAAACCCUGGAGCUAGACUAGAAAAGACUUCUCUUAAACAUGCAUUUUGAGCAUCUAGAUGCGCAGCUCGCCAGGUUUUGAACACAGCCGUCGAAUCAGUGUCUUCAGCUGCUGCUACGGUCGAACACUACACUGCAAACGCUGGGGUUUAGUUUCAUGCAUACAGUUAUCUAGACAGAUGUUUGUGACCGCAUGAUAGCUGUUGUGCUUCAUCUCUGUUCUUUAGGCCGACUCGUUUCAUGUCAAUCCAACCUGGCAUUUUAUUUGAGAUAUUGCAGAAACGGUAUAUCUAUCUAUCUGAAACAUAUCCUGUUUUAUUUUUGUAUGGUAUUUUCCCUUGUGUGUGUGUGUGUGUGCGGCCAGGAGGCCCUUUCAUUGUACUCUGGAGUUAUUGUGAAGAUCGGUUUUUAAAAGGAUUUUAACCAGAAAACCGAUACUGAUGUAAUUUGACACUAGAGUACAGGACAGAGAAAUGGCCUCCAGACGUAUUGCCAAAUGUUGUUUUGUAAAUGGUGUAUAUUUUAUUGAACACUUUUUUUAAAUAAAUGGUAGAGCACCCUCUAAA